AUGCUCCUCCGGGACCUGGUGCUGCGCGGCGGCUGCUCGCUGCUGCUGCACUGCGCGCUCCACCCGCUCUGGGGCUUCGUGCAGGUGACACACGGCGAGCCCCAGAAGUCCUGCUCCAAGGUGACCGACAGCUGCCAACACAUCUGCCAGUGCCGGCCCCCUCCCCCGCUGCCACCGCCACCCCCACCCCCGCCCCCACCCCGACUCCUCUCCCCGCCAGCUCCCAACUCUACCUCGUGCCCCGCGGAGGAAGCCUGGCGGGCAGGGCUGGUGACCACCAUCGCCGUGUGCUGUGCCUCCCUGGUCUUCCUCACCGUGCUCGUCAUCAUUUGCUACAAAGCCAUAAAAAGGAAACCGCUGAGGAAGGAGGAGAACGGCACCGGGGGCGCUGAGUACCCCAUGACUUCCUCGCAGAGCAGCAAAGGGGUGGACGUGAACAACGCUGUGGUGUGAGCGCUCAGGCCCCGGGCCCGCCGACCCGAGGGGCACCUCGAUGGCACAAGUGGACACGGGAAAGCAGGAGGACACGAGUCGACACCAGGCUGGCCGGGACCUCAUUGUCUUGCAGGCCUGGGGCCUCCCCAAGCAGAGACCACACUCCUUCCAGCCCUGCCCCAGCAGCCCGCCGGCAGAGGCCGCCCAGCCCCAGGCGGAGCCGGGCCCA